GGAAGAAUGAAGUUUGGACAUUGUACUGUUCUCAAUACAAAGUUACCAACUCAGUGCUCUAUGCUUUUUGAACAUCACGGAUGACUUAUUUGGGAGGGCUUGGCUGUACACUUGUUGGGUUGGGUCCCUGUGCGGUUCUUCUUCUUUGUACAGUCAUCAAUAGUCCUAUUAAAGUUAUUUUACUUACAGCCAGUGGUUUUUUCUGGUUGGUAUCAUUACUUAUCACAUCUGUGGUAUGGUUUAUUGUCAAACCUCUUCGAGGAUAUCUUGCAUUUGGAAUUCUCAUUGGUGUACUGGUACAAGAAGUUCUACGAUUCCUCUUCUACUUACUUAUCAUCAGAGCUGAAUCUGGUCUUCAAGUUAUUGUGAACAAUUCAAGUCCAAGACGACGAAUACUGUCAACUUGCAGAAGACAACUAGAAGUCAACGUAACUAUCAAUAAUAAUGUUAAUAAUACUGAUGAGAGCAGAAAUGAAGCUUCCAGUUUAUUAAGAAGCAGAAUAACAUCACCUGAUACUAAUGUUACACCUACUGAUGACAAUGCUGAUAAUACCAAUAGUCAUAAUUUGACUAGUAACAAUACCAGUCUUCUAAUGCUUAACCAUCAUGUAGUUGCUUAUGUGUCUGGUUUAGGAUUUGCUGUAAUGAGUUGUAUUAUUCAAUUGUUACGAAUAUCAAUUGAUUCCUAUGGACCCGGUAUAUUUAUGCAUUCAACAUUGGAUUCGAAAACAUUCUUCUUGAUUGCAUCAUGUGAAGGUAUGUGCAUUUCAAUGCUUCAUAUUUUCUGGUCUCUUACUCUGUUCACUGCUUUUGUACAUCGACUAUACGGCCAAAUUAUCUUUGUGUACAUCAUGCAUAUGGGAUUAGCUGCUCUGUCAUUAAUGAAUACUUUAGCAUCACCUUGUCCUGAACUAGUCUGUACAGUGUAUAUACUCUCAUUGAUUGGAAUGAUUAUAUUCACCUAUUUUCGAUUUCGUACAGAAUUAUUUAGUCAAGAAAAUGAACAUACUAGACAAGUAACUAACAUAAUAGACAAUACAUCACGUUAAUGGAGAGAAAACACUCAGACAUUAUUAAUCAUAAUAAUAAUAAUAAUAAUAAUAAUAAAAUUGAAAUGAUAUUUGUACAAAUAAUAAAAGAAGGAAAUUAACUUCAUUUUGAAGGUAUUUAUUGUUGAAAUAACUGAGAGAAAAAAAGAAAAACACAGCUGAUCAAUAUAGUCAAUUUUUGAAAGGCGAUGUAUCUUACCCAGCUGAUUAUAUAUAUAUAUAUAUAUAUAUA